GUCUCGCCAGCGCACGGCUCGGCGACAGUCCCACCCGCUGCGCCCGACCGCCGCCCGCGCCGCCCCCGCCGCUGCCGCCUCGCAAACACGUGUCCCCAGCCGCGCCGCGCGGUCCGCCUCCCUCUGACACACUGUAGUAUGUCCUCUUUCGGCGCCGCUGCGAGCGCGAUACAUUGUGGACACCUGUCCUUCUUCGGCGUCGUCGGGUCUCACGAAGACAGCCUGGUUCACCGUUGCGACGCCUAAUUCUUAGGAACAUCGACGCUUCAUCUACACACGAUGAUUUGCUCUCUGUUGUUGGUGCUGAUACUCGUCGCGAAAGGCUCUGCGGGCCUGCGGAUGGCGGAGGCGCACAUCCCGGCGCACGCGGUGCGCCACGAGUCGGCGCGCCUGCAGUGCCGCUUCGACCUGGAGGGCGAGUCGCUGUACUCCGUCAAGUGGUACAAGGACGGGCGCGAGUUCUACCGCUACGUGCCACGCGACUCGCCGCCGGCGCUCCUCUUCCCCGUGCCCGGCAUCUCCGUCGACAGGUCGCGGUCCAACGCCAGCCAGGUGACUCUGCACAACGUGGACCUGGAGGCGUCCGGCCGCUACCGCUGUGAGGUGUCCGGAGAGGCGCCCGCCUUCAGGACCGUCUCGGAGCACGGCGACAUGCUCGUCGUCGCCCUACCCCAGGAGGGUCCUCGCAUCUCCGGCGGCAGGCCUCGCUACCAGGUGGGCGACACAGUCAGCCUCGACUGCAGCUCUGGGCCUUCCAGGCCAGCCGCGCACCUCGUCUGGUACAUCAACGACCAGCAGGCGGAGCGGUCGCAGCUGGUGGGCCCUCGCGAGGUGUCCCGGCGCGACGGUCUGGUAACGACGGUGCUGGGGUUGCGCUUCGUGGCGGCGGCGCGCCACUUCCGCGAGGACGGCAGCCUGCUGCUCAAGUGCCAGGCCAGCGUGGCCGCGCUCUACUGGCGCUCCGAGGAGCACAGCGUGCGACCCGCCGUCGCCAUGGAGAGCCGCGGCGCGCCCGCAGCGGGGCCGGCCGGCGCGGGGGCAGCCGCCACUGCGCAGACGCCGGCCGCCGCAGCCACAGCGCCGCUGCGAGCCCCGCUGCUGACGCUGUGCUCCGCCGCCGCCGUGCUGACCGUGGGUUACGCCGCCCGCAGCUAGUCGGCCAGUCUGGACCGCAUACCUCACCCCACGUCCCGCAAGUUCACUCCAUAGCAGCACGAGCAGACCUCAGCCACCGGUUCUCAGCAGACCUGACACCUCCCCGUUCACGAUUUUUGCCCCUGCUGUUAGCUCCCGUAUAGUCGACCCGAGAAGUUGUAACGUAGAGUCACGUCUCUCAUCCACUGUAACCCAAUCUUCAUUACUAGCAUACAGCUCUGUAACGAACAUUUUCUAAUCAGAAUCAAUGUUAUUGGACCGUGCCAAACCCGUAUGGAAAUUUCCUGUAGGGUUGUGUUUAGCUCUGGAGGUAUUUAUUUAGACGAGUAACUGUUAAUAAUUAUAGCAUGUUACCUUUCUUCCUACAGAAUACCUGUUGUUUACAUGGAUAUAAUAGCAUUUGAAGCGUAGAACGACGGUAAUAUCAAGAAUCAGGCUUAGAGCUUCAGUUUAAUAUUCUUGGCCAGAAUUACAUGUUGUGUGAUGCCUGACGUAUUUGCUCAAUUUUCUUUUCAAAAAGUCAUAUCCUCUGUCAUAAUGUACACUACAAAAUAUACGUGUGUUUUAAGAAACAGUUAAAUUUAUUUUUAUGUCUAAAUAAACAAUCUAUUCAAAC